AUGAGAGAUAUUCAUUCAAAGCUUCCUGUCAGAAAUAGCACCGAACUAAUCGGUGCAAAGCUCAUCCUAAGCUUUCACAUUGAACAUAUCGAUAUCGUAAUGAUCACUAAUCAACCAACGACAAAUGAUCACAGACACAUCCAUUCACGACACACACACAUACACACACACAUACAUACAUACAUACAUACGCACAUACGCACAUACACGCAUACACACAUACACGCACAGACAUAUACAUUCAUAUAUAUAGAAUACAAAAACUUUUCCUUCAAAUUUUCCUCUACUCUCAUUUGGUAA